AUGGAGCUGCAACACCACCGCCUCUGCCUCGAAAACCUACCUGUUGCUGUGUCCCGCCUCCGUGUUGACGGCGCAGUCCCAACAAUCACGCAAAAAUUGACUGGUGGGCAAUGUUGUGUCUUCAAAGCAGACUUCCUCUCCGGAGAGAGUUGGGCUGUACGAGUUCCUCUCUUGGUGAGCGAUAGAGCCGGGAUACGGAUUAUCAUCCAAGCCGAGGCCGAUCUCCUCCAACAGCUUGAGAUGAAAGGUUUUCUCUGGGCCCCGAAAUAUCAAGGCCAUGACGCAUCAUUUAACAACGAUAUCGGAUGUCCCUUCAUUGCGUUAGCAUGGAUUCCAGGCAAUCCACUGUCGUGGUCCGAUGACCAUCCUCCCCGAUCCCUUCGCGACAAGGUGUUGAGUCAAAUGGCACGGAUCCAGGAGUCUCUCAUCGAGUGUACCAAGCAAGACGGUAACGCUGUACAACACUUCGAACGGAUAAUAGAGAACAAGAUCCGCCGCGUCCGCGAUGGGUUCCUGCCGGAUCUAACCGAGAACGACUGCAUCGAUCAGAAAGACCGUCUUUCAGCAGUGCUGCAUCCUGACUUGACCCACGCCCCAUUUGCCAUAGAUCACGGUGACUUAGCUCCGCAGAAUAUCAUUGCCGACUCGGACUACAAUAUUUCAUCAUUGACUGGGGCUUUUCUGCCAUGGUACCCCUCCAAAUGGCGGCUGGUCUCCCGCGAUUCCUCCGCCUCCAGGACUUGGUGCUGCCCCCGAGUAUCUCUCUUAAGGAAGACCGGGCGUCGUACAUGGCAUUUCUCCAAACCAGAUCGUCGCAAGCAAGUUCAUGGAUGA